AUCAGCUGCUGCCAUCUGUCGAGCUGACGUGGCAUGAGGCGAGAUGUCUGUGUGUAAACAUUCCUCUACUAACUUCAAUAUUUGAGCUAAAACUGGCAAAAUGUUAUCGUGGAGGACCUUAUUUUUCAUCUGCAACUUGCUAUUCGUGGUUGUAGGUGACGAGCACACACACACGUAUAAAGACUUAGAAGAGGUAGUACUAUGGAUGAACACAGUGGGUCCCUACCACAACCGGCAAGAAACGUACUCCUAUUUCUCUCUUCCAUUUUGUGUGGGUCCCAAGGAGAAGAUAUCUCAUUAUCAUGAGACCCUGGGUGAAGCACUGCAAGGUGUUGAGCUAGAGUUUUCUGGACUAGACAUAGACUUUAAGACUGAUGUAUCAAAGACUCCGUAUUGUGAAGUUGAGUUGAAUGAAGUUCGCCUGAAAACAUUUGUUUAUGCAGUGAAGAACCACUAUUGGUACCAGAUGUAUAUUGAUGAUCUUCCUAUAUGGGGUAUAGUUGGAGAAAUUGAUGAGGCCAAUGAUGUGUACUAUAUCUGGACUCACAAGAAAUUUGACCUUGGUUACAAUGGGAAUCAGAUUGUGGAUGUUAACCUCACGUCUGAAGCAAGGCAGAAACUUGAGUUAGGAGCAAAGAUCAAGUUUACAUAUGAGGCAAAUUGGAAAAAAUCUAGCAUCAAGUUUGAGGAUAGGUUUGACAAAUAUUUAGAUCCAAACUUCUUCCAACACCGGAUCCACUGGUUUAGUAUCUUCAAUUCUUUCAUGAUGGUGAUUUUCCUCGUGGGCUUAGUCUCCAUGAUACUAAUGAGAACUCUACGCAAGGACUAUGCACGUUAUUCCAAAGAUGAAGAGAUGGAUGACAUGGAACGUGAUCUGGGAGAUGAAUAUGGAUGGAAACAAGUUCAUGGGGAUGUGUUCCGUCCUCCUUCACAACCAAUGCUGUUUUCUGCAUUGGUUGGAUCAGGCUACCAGAUGCUCACUGUCACCUUCCUUGUUAUUCUACUAGCGAUUGUUGGAGAACUGUACACAGAGCGGGGAUCAAUGGUGAGCAUCGCAAUCUUCAUUUAUGCUGCCACUUCACCUAUCAAUGGUUACUUCGGGGGAUCUUUAUAUGCUAGAAUGGGUGGGAAAGUUUGGAUUCGGCAAAUGAUGUUAUCUGCUUUACUCCUGCCAACUUUGGUGUGUGGCACAGCAUUUUUCAUCAAUUUCAUAGCAAUUUAUUACCAUGCUUCCAGAGCUAUUGCCUUCACUAUCAUGCUAGCUGUUAUCUGUAUCUGCACAUUUGUGAUUCUGCCUCUGACGCUAGUUGGAACAGUAUUAGGACGGAACUUGGCGGGACAACCCAACUACCCAUGUCGAAUCAAUGCUGUUCCACGACCUAUUCCGGAAAAGAAGUGGUUUAUGGAGCCCCUUGUCAUCAUCCCUCUUGGUGGCAUUCUUCCUUUUGGAUCCAUCUUUAUUGAAAUGUACUUCAUCUUUACCUCUUUUUGGGCGUACAAGAUCUAUUAUGUGUACGGCUUCAUGUUGCUGGUGUUUGUGAUCCUGUUAGUGGUUGUGAUGUGUGUGACCAUUGUGUGUGCAUAUUUCUUAUUAAAUGCUGAGGACUACAGGUGGCAGUGGACUAGUUUCUUAGCUGCAGCCUCCACAUCUGGCUAUGUCUACGUGUAUGCUACAUAUUACUUUUUCUUCAAAACCAAGAUGUAUGGGUUUUUCCAGACAAGUUUCUACUUUGGUUAUAUGGCUCUCUUCAGUGCAACUCUGGGCAUUAUGUGUGGCACCAUUGGUUAUGUUGGCACCAGCAAGUUUGUACGCAAAAUUUACUCUACUGUCAAAAUUGACUGAAUUGUCUUGUUUUAUAUUAGUAUUGUUUAAGAAUGGAUUAUAGUGACAAACUACCAAAAUCUCCCUAUUAAGCCAAUAAGAGAAAUGUACUACUACUCUAGAAAACAAUAAAACAUUAUUUAAAAUAGUGUCGAUAUAAGCACCAGUGUCAUGUCCUAAGAAUGCAAAUGGAAGUCUAUCCUGAUGAUCAGAAAUCAGCAGAAAAGAAAAUCAGACAGCUACAUUAAACUUUUGUCAACCUGUGAUAGUAAGACCAGCAUUGAAGUUUUGUGGGCAUCAUUGAAUCAGUAAGUUUUUAAUUUAUUAAUACUGGAUCAUUAUUUUUAUUAUUACAGUACAAUACAGUACUGUAUUACAAUAAUAAUCAUUAUCAUAACUAGCUUCUUUUUCCUUGAGACUUAAUUUGAUUACAUUACAGGUAUCUCACACUUUGUGGCUUCUUGUACAUUUUGUGCGACAGCCCCUUUCCUACCAGUGCUGUAAUUCUCUGUUUUGUACCAAAAAGUCACUCUUUUGUGAUAAGUGUGGUUUUCGCAUUUUUAAAGUGUGAGUGAAUGUGUGAAAGUCAUAAGUGGUAAAUUGGUAUUAUGUAUUAUUUUUAAUUUCUUUUAGCAAAUACAUUUAUUUAUUGUAUAUGGCUAAUUAGGAUGUGUGUAGCAUGGUCUUUUUUAUUUCUUGGUACAGUUCAAGAAAUAUUUCGAAGAGGUGGAACAUAAGUACAGUUAAGAAAUGUCAUACUAGGAAAUGUCAUGCUAGUUUUCUUUUGCUCUAAUGCACAACACUAAUUAAAAAUAAGUCAUACAAUAUUCUACAAAAUCUGCCAAAAUAGUGCUUUGUUUGAUGAUGAUUUUUUUUAACAAAUCGGUCAUAUCCCACCGAGGCAGGGUGACCCAGAAAACUACUUAUUUUUUUUUUUUAAAGUUAGUAAUUUAUACAGGAGAAGGGGUUACUAGCCCCUUGCUCCUGGCAUUUCAGUUGCCUCUUAUGACACGCAUAGCUUCUUCUUUCUUUCAAUGUACCAGCCGUAUCCCACUGAGUUGGGGUGGCCCAAAAGGAAAACGAAAGUUUCUCCUUUUAAAUUUAGUAAUAUAUACAGGAGAAGGGGUUACUAGCCCCUUGCUCCCGGCAUUUUAGUCGCCUCUUAUGACACGCAUAGCUUAUGGAGGAAAAAUUCUUUUUCGCUUCCCCAUGGAGAUAAGAGGAAAUAACAAACAAGAACUAUUAAGAAAAUAGAAGAAAACCCAGAUGGAUGUGUAUAUAUGUACAUGUACAUGCAUGUAUCGUGUGACCUAAGUGUAAGUAGAAGUAGCAAGAUAUACCUGUUAUCCUGCUUGUUAAUGAGACAGAAAGGAGACACCAGCAGUCGUACCAUCGUGUAAAACAAUUACAGGUUUUUGUUUCACACUCGGCUUAGGGCUUCUUUUUGAUUGUAAUAAUAAUAAUUGUUUCACACUCACUCUGCAGGAUAAUAGGGCCUCCCUGGGCGGUUGCUGUCUACCAACCUACUACCUAGGGAUUUUUUUUUUUUCAACAAGUUGGCUGUCUUCCACUGAGGCAGGGUGACCCAAAAAGAAAGAAAGUCCCCCAAAGAGAAAAUACUUUCAUCAUCAUUCAACACUUUCACCUCACUCAUACAUAAUCACUGUCUUUGCAGAGGCACUCAGAUACAACAGUUUAGAAGUCCCUCCAAACUGUCAAUAUCCCAAACCCCUCCUUUAAAGUGCAGGCAUUGUACUUCCCAUUUCCAGGACUCAAGUCCGGCUGACUGGUUUCCCUAAAUCCCUUCACUAAAUAUUACCCUGCUCGCACUCCAACAGCUCGUCAGGUCCCAAAAACCAUUCAUCUCCAUUCACUCCUAUCUAACACACUCACACGUGCUUGCUGGAAGUCCAAGCCCCUCACCCACAAAACCUCCUUUACCCCCUCCCUCCAACCUUUUCGAGGACGACCCCUACCCCUCCUUCCUUCCCCUACAUAGUUAUAUGCUCUCCAAGUCAUUCUACUAUGAUCCAUUCUCUUUAAAUGACCAAACCACCUCAACAACCCCUCUUCAGGCCUCUGACUAAUACUUUUAGUAACUCCACACCACUUAAUUUCUACACUCCGAAUUCUCUGCACAAUAUUUACACCGCACAUUGCCCAUAGACAGGACAUCUCCACUGCCUAAGGCGUAUUAUUAUUAAUAUUAAUUAUAAAAUGUGCUUAAUGCAUUUUAUAGACUUACCCUUUUUUUUUUUUUCUUUCUUUACUAAUGUCAACUUCAACAUGAUUAAAGGGAUAUUUAGUGAAAUAUGCCCUCCCAGAAGUGAAUGCCCAGCAAUAGAACCUUACUAAAACUAACCUUAAAUUACCCAACACCUGAGGCAGCUUUCUUCAUUACAUGAUGUUUUUUAUGAAACAUUGAAGUCAUUACAUCCAUAUUUAAGGAAAUACGGGCACUGUCCUUUUUCAUUGUACAGCACUUUAUUUAACAUGAAUAUUUUUUAUCAAAUGUUUAGAUUUGUUAGGUGGUAAUGUGGUAUACUUGUAAUUUUUGAUAAGUCUAUUAAGGAAACAAGUUUUUGCUUUAUAAAUUAUGUUCUCUUUGUGUGAUUUUCUAUGUGCACACGGGCCUGGACUGAACAAAGUGAUGACCACCUGUACAACACUUAAAUCUGUACUGCAUAUGCUAUAGAAUUUUUACAGUACAAGUAGAACAUGUCUUAUUAAAAUGAACAUUAGUGCUUCAUCUAUAUAUAUGUAUCUUAACAAUGAGAGCUAAAACUUGUUUAUAUUAAACAUUAGAAGUUGCCAGUACUUUAAUUUCAGAAAAGCUGAUAGUGUACCUAUUAAUGCAUUCCUGUUAUUAAUGAAUCUCAUUGAAUGUUUGUGUUGGGACACUUGGGAAGAUAACAUAAAUUUUAAAAUAGUUUGUAGUGUGUGCAUCAAGAAUAUUCACUUUUCUUUAACUUAUACAGUACUGUAUAUUGAAAUAAAAAAUUUCAGUUAAGCACAGUACUGUAUAGUGAAAGAAUAGAAUUAUUUCUUGGCUUUGAUCUGGACAGCAUGUUGUAAUUUUGAUUGCCUAUUGUGAGUACAGUCGACCCCCGGUUAACAAUAUUUUUUCACUCCAGAAGUAUGUUCAGGUGCCAGUACUGACCGAAUUUGUUCCCAUAAGAAAUAUUGUGAAGUAGAUUAGUCCAUUUCAGACCCCCAAACAUACUCGUACAAACGCACUUACAUAAAUACACUUACAUAAUUGGUCGCAUUCGGAGGUAAUCGUUAUGCGGGGGUCCACUGUAUAGAUUUUUUUUUUUUUUUUUCUGUUGAUGUCCACAAUAUAUUUGACCUGCUUACACAAAUCAAGCCUUUUAAUUCUAAAAUUCCCACUUUUUUUUUUUUAACACUGGCUGUAACCUACUGAAGCAGGGUGACCUAAGAAGAAAAACAAAGUUUUUUCUUUAAAUUUAGUAAUUUAUACAGGAGAAGGGGUUACUCGCCCCUUGCUACCACCAUUUUAGUCUCCUCUUAUGAAAAUUCCUGCAUAUCUACUCCAUAACCAGUGUUUACUCUGCCGUACCAAACAAUAGGGAGGUUUUGGGACCCACUUCAGCAUAAAAAACCCUUUUCAUUUAUCAAAUGUAGGUAUUAUAGAAGGUUAAAAUAUUGUAUAUUGCUGUGCUUAGACACCAAAAUACAGUAUUAAUAUUAUUAUACUUGCUCUAUAAUAUGUGAUUUUUAGGCUAAACAUAUUCAGUAUUUAAAAUGAAAACUUGCUAAGCACACAACACGGUGAGAAAGGAAAAUAUUAGUUUAAUAAUUUAGUUCUUUGCAGGUGAUCAAGGUUCUUAUUGAAAGGAUUACAUUUCCUUUUGAUAUGUUAUUCAUGCAUUAACCACUGUACUUAACAAUUACUGAUCAUUAAUUGAAAUGUUAGUUUAUAUGAAUUGGUAUAAAAGUAGUAGGAUAUUCAGAAUUAAAUAAGCCUACAGAUUAAUUGAUGGUCUGUAUAAAGUAUAUUAGCAAAAGCUCUGCUGUAGAUAAAAGUGCAGUAAUCAGUUCCCAGUAUAAAUUAUUAAAAAAAAUUUAUAAUCCAUUAUAAUUUUGUUAUACUGAACACACAUAGAAUAAGUCUUGUUACAAAUAUCAAACAUUAUAAGAAAAUUGUUUACUAAAUUACUGUGUAAUUUAAAUAAGCAUUAUUACUUGAAUCUGUUUUAGGACUUGGGAUUUAAUUGGCCUACUAGGGCCUUGUUUAAUUUUUCCAAAAAAUUUUGGUUAAUUACUGAUUGGCAGGAGUCUAAAUGUAGCUGUGUAACUUUUUUUUUUUUAAUUAUAUUUAUCCUAAUUUUUAAUGAAAAAAAAUUAAAUUUCUUGGAAACCCUUAAGAAACCUGAAACAUUGUGAAAAUCAAGGUUUUAAAUUUAAUAUGAAAUAUUGAGAUUUCUUGCCUCUUAUCCUAGUUGGACUGGUAUUGGGGCCCUUUUUCAAGAUCCGUACAAUACUGAAACUAUAUAUAGAAUAAAAUAUAUUGAGUAUGCAAGGGCUGACGUGGAACAUCUUGGAUUUCCACUGCAUCGACUUUACAAGAUAAUUAAAGUAUUUUCCCCAAGAGUGCUAUAUCACUGUUUGUAUCCAGUUAUAUGGGUUUCCAAGUAGUGUUCAGCACUUGCUGUAGGCUCUCAUUUUCUUGUUGAUAUUUUGUGGAUUUUACUCCCAUAUUUGUUUUAGGGAUUUUAAUAGUUUGAGACUAUAUCAAGAGCUUUCAGAUUGAAAUGUGAAUAUAGAGAGAAGCUAAUGCAAAGUAUCACAUGAAAAUUUGCCCUCCUGAAGGUAAACGGUUAAUUAAAGGUUUGCAGUAAUUAUAUAUACUCUGGCUUUUGUUUAGCUGCAAAACUAGCAUAGCAAUCAAACCUCAUCUUAUUAAACUAUGAAAUGAUUUUCCUAACUUUUCAGAGAAUGUGCAUAAUGAAAUUUUAACUGUUUAUCUUGGAGACCAAAUCCUCAUGUGAACUCGUAUAGAAAAUGUAUUGUAUACAAUAUAUGGUACUGGAUUUUGGCUCAUAAACAAUAUAUGGUAUAGAAAUAACCAUAACAUGGCAUUAUUUGCCAGUAGUAGUUUACAUUAUUCUGGCAGUAAAUAACGCUAUAUAUGCCAUUCAUGCUAUACUAUAUGAAGACAGAAACUAUUUGCAUAUUGAAUAGUAUUUUUUCAUGUUCUGAUACUGUAAUAUAGGGGGAUAGAUAUGACUGUUUAAUUUUCCAUUGAAAGAGGGUACACAAAUGGUUUGGUGAACAUUUUGAAUUUGAUAUGUGGCCCUUGAUUUAAGUGUUAAAAUUACAAUAUUUAAAUAUAAUGUGUGUGAGUGUGUGUGUGACUUGUGUGUUUGCUAUAAAUAUAAAAGUGGGAGACUGUGGAUUGUUUUGCCACAGAACUGGCAUAAGUUUGAUAGUUUUGAAAUAUUUCAUGUAAUUAUAAUUCUGGGUGAAAGGAGCUGUUUAAUACUUCCCUUUUAUAUAUUUCUUGUUAAUAAUUGACCAUCUCACAUUUUUCUGAGUGAAAGUUAGUGAAAAUAGGAAUGAGUAUGCACAAGCAUUAAGAGAGGGAUUGUGUCCUUGUGUUUACUUUAAUGUGACUAUUUUGGCUACCUUGUUAAGUUUGUAAGUAAAAUUCACAAUAUGGAGUGUGUUUUGGAUGUGACCCACUCAAAUAUUAUAUAAUUAUUUAUUUAUCAGUUUUAAUGUGUCGGCACAAAUACUUUCUGCAUUCCCAAAGCAAUUUUUUUUCUCCAUACUUGUAAAUACAGGAGGCCAUUAUUCAUAUUUAGAAUGCUUUUGCUUAGAGGUAAAUUAUAGGAUUCUUGAUAGUAAGAUUUGGAGUGAAGGAGGGUAGAAGAGACUUUAUAUCAAAAUAUUCAAUGAUGUUAAUAACGGAACAUGUAAUAACAGUAGAAUAAACUUGUAUAAGUUUUUACAUUUCAUUCUUUACAUUUGUUAUACCUUAUAGAUGAAAUUGAUCAUUGACAUAUAAUUUUACUCUAGUUUAGGUGGAGACUAGUUUGUGGUGCUGUUUUUCAGAUAUGAACAUAUCUUUUCUUUCAACACACCGGCCGUAUCCCACCGAGGCGGGGUGGCCCAAAAGGAAAAACGAAAGUUUCUCCUUUUACAUUUAGUAAUAUAUACAGGAGAAGAGGUUACUAGCCCCUUGCUCCCAUGAACAUAUCUCUGUGUCAAAAAUUAACAUGACUUGAGAGCUAGUACUGUAACCAAAAUGCUGUUUGAUUAAAUACAGAAGGAAAGCUUUGAUAUUUGAGCAAGAUAGGAUGUAAUGUACUGUAUAAAGGUAUUUAAUUUUGCAUAUUACAAAAGAAUCCUAUAUUUUUCAUGAAGUGACAAAAUUUAUUGCCUGGUAAUAUAUAUUUUGAAGAAAGUGUACCUAAUCAUUUUUGUUUUCAGUUAAUACUUUUAUGUAUGUACUGUAUUAUGCUGGCUUGCCAAAGGUAAUCAAAGUAACAUCUUUAACAGUAACAAGCCAGGCCUUGUCCUGAUUCAUAGUUCAUCACUUGUGCUGAAUAAAUCAUUCCAGUAUUAA